UAUUAAACCCUAACUGGCGGCUGGGGAAAAAGUGAAUAAAACCCUAGCAAAAUAGAAAGAAAGAAAGAAAGAAGGAAGGAAGAUGGCGAAGAACAUGGGAGUAGCGGUAGCGGCUGCUUUAUCCGAAUUGAAUGUGGAGAAGGCUGUGAAUGCUCUGCUCAAAUGGAGAGAUUCUCAGUCCCAAGCCCAAAAACCCCAACUUCUUGAACAGGAUGAAUUCCUAUAUCUCAUCGUCAGCCUGAAGAAAAUCCCUCAAAAGGCUCGCGUUAACCCCAUCAAAGUCCCUCUCCCUCACCCCAUCAUCGAUGAUCCCGCCGAGCUUUGCUUGUUCAUCGAUGACCGCUCCAAGUCUGGUAUCACCAAAGACGCUGCGUCUAAGAAAAUCAAGUCGGAAAACAUACCCAUCAACAAGGUCAUUAAGCUGUCCAAGCUCAAGACUGAUUAUAAGCCCUUCGAGGCCAAAAGGAAGCUUUGUGAUUCAUAUGAUAUGUUUUUCGCUGAUAAGAGAAUUAUCCCACUUCUGCCUCGGUUAUUGGGGAAGCAGUUUUUCAAGAAGAAGAAGAUUCCAGUGCCUGUGGACCUUAAGCAUAACAACUGGAAGGAGCAGAUCCAUAAUGCUUGUUCCUCUGCUAUGUUAUUCUUGGGUAGCGGAACUUGCUGUGUGGUGAAGGUGGCGAAGCUUUCGUUGGAAAAGAAGGAGAUUGUUGAAAACGUGAUUGCUGCUAUUAAUGGGAUUGCAGAGCGUGUGCCGAGCAAGUGGGGUAAUAUCAGGUCGUUUCAUUUGAAGUUGCUCGAUAGCUUGGCUUUACCUCUUUUUCAAGCUAUGCCUGAUUUGCGUUUGAAGAUUCUCGCUGAUGCUGAUCACCAUACUUCUUCUAAGGAGGAAAAACAGGAAGUUGAAGAAGAGGAAGAUGAUACUUCCCAUCAGAAGACGAAGAAGAAGAAAAACAAGGGGAGGAUACACGAUGUUCAGUACAUGGAUGAUCGAGAACAUAUUAAUGACUCUAACUCUGAGGCUGAUGGAAAACAUGAAAUCAAUGCGAAUAUCUCAACCAAGAAAAAGAAGACUGCACUAAAAAAGUUAUGCUCUAUUGACAUCAAGGUCAAGGAUAAGAAAAAGAAGAAAAGUUUAGCAGCUUAAUGAUUUUUUUACUUAGUACCACCUAGUAAACUUUAAGUUCAACUUUACUGCUUCUUGUUCUUCCGGAUUAGUACUCAUUAUUAUUUCUUUUGUAAUUGGUUUUACCUUUCAAUUUUGGGUUGUUCUUGAUCUUUUGAAGGUCUAUGUUAUUUUGAAUGCUUCUUUACUUAGCUUUUUAUUUGUAUUAGAUUGUUAAGAAUGAAUUUGGAGAAUGAUUGCUGUAAGCAGCAUUUGAAUCUAA